AUUAAAUGAAAUUAAUAGUAGUAUUAUUUUAUAGAACAAAAUAUUAUUAUUAUCAUUAUUAUUAUUAUUAUUAUUAUUAUUAAACUUUUUUUUAGACCGAUUAUUAUUAAACAUAAAAAAAAUUGCAACACCUAGAAUUGAUAUAUUCCAUCACUCUCAAAACUAAACUAAUUGACUCAGAGCUUAUAAAAAAAAAAAAACUAAUUGACACAGAGAAACUAAAACUUUAGGUUUGAGUGUGGCGUCCUUGCUUCGAGUUCGGGAAGAUGACGAAGAAACGAAACCCUUCGAGUUUGAUUAUGCCGUUCACCACCAAAUUCCUCUACGUUGGUUACUUCAAAUCCUCAAAUCCCUAUGACUGUUGCCUCAAAUCUCAUUCACUGUAUGGUUAAUCGCGGAAAAUUGAUUUGAAGUUUCAUAGAUUGAAGCUCAUGUGCACUUUAAUCGUUCCACCUCCCAUUGCGAAGAACAAUCGAUGGCUCAAACAAACUGUUCUGACCCUAUCUUCAGAUCCAAACCCUAGAAUGAUUUGCAAUUGGUCUAGAUUGCUCAAUGCUCAUGAAGAACCACAUAGCGCAUGCAGCUGUGUCAACAUCGCCGAAGCGUCAACAUCUUAUCAUUCAAUUCCAUCACAAAAUUCUGAGGUUAUAACAUCAGCAGAAUUUCACCCAACACAUUGUAAUACACUGCAUAUAGCAUUAAAGGGCUCAAUUCGUCUUGUUGACUUGCGAUAGUCAGCGUUAUGCCACUCACAUGCCAUACUGUAAGAUCAUCCUUUGCUGAUGUUUUCAAUUUAUGUUCUCUAUAAAGGAUACGGCUCCUCUAAAUGAGCAAACUUUUCUUAUGCUUGGUAGACUCAGACAAUUACUUCCUGUACAUAUUUGAGGAUGAGGAGGCCCCGGGGUCUAGAUCAUUUUCACUGAGAUUAUUGCUUCUAUCUCAGAUAUAAAUCUCAGAUAUAAAAUUUGCGAAGGAGGGAAGAUAUAUACUCAGUCGUGAUUACAUGUCUCUGAAGUUAUGGGACAUUAAUAGGGAUUCCAGCCCAGUUUCUACAUUCCGUGUUCACGAGUAUUUAAGGCCAAAGCUAUGUGAUUUAUACGAAAACGAUUCAAUUUUUUAUAAGUUUGAGUGUUGUCUGAGUGGUGAUGGUGAUGGAUCGCGAGUUUCAACCGGUUCUUACAGCAAUCUAUUCCGCGUGUUUGGCUGUGCCCCGGGAAGUACAGAGGCUACAUCUUUGGAAGCCAGUAAAAAUCCAAUGAGACGACAAGUUCCAACACCGUCAAGGCCUUCUAGAUCACUCGGAAACAGUUUAACAAGAGUUGUAAGACGCGGAGCUGAGAUCACCGGUGUUGACGCAAAUGGAAAUUCUUUUGAUUUUACAACAAAGUUGCUACACUUAGCAUGGCAUCCAAGUGAAAAUUCAAUUGCUUGUGCUGCUGCAAAUAGCUUAUACAUGUACUAUGCACGAAGAAAAAUGGUUGGAAGACUUAUAUAUAUUUGCGUGUUUAACCUAUUUUUUGAGGUUAUAUGAAGAAGGAUUCUUUUCCCUUCUUACCAAAGUUGCUACACUAACUCACAUACAAACACUACAAAGUGCCCUCAAAAUGUAUUGUACUAGUAGUGAUAACUUAGUCUUGAUUAUGUUUUGGAUCAA